CGCCCUUGUCCCUGGUCCCGUACACAGACGAUCGAGAAGAUGCUUAGCCGACUGAUGAGCAGCAGCAUCAGGAGUCUGGACAGGGAAUGCAACUGCACUGUGAGGCUGCUGGACGACUCGGAGUAUACCUGCACGAUUCAGCGUGAUGCCAAAGGACAGUACCUGUUCGACCUCAUCUGUCACCAUCUCAACCUGCUGGAGAAAGACUACUUUGGCAUUAGAUAUGUUGACCCAGACAAGCAGAGGCAUUGGUUGGAGUUUACAAAGUCAAUUGCCAAACAAAUGAAAUCCCAGCCCCCAUUCACCAUGUGUUUGCGUGUCAAGUUUUACCCACCCGACCCUGCUGCCCUAAAAGAGGAAAUCACCAGAUAUCUCGUCUUCCUGCAGGUUAAGAGGGAUCUCUACCAUGGUCGCCUCCUGUGCAAGACAUCAGAUGCUGCUCUGUUGGCUGCCUACAUAUUACAAGCUGAAAUUGGCGACUACGACCCUGGGAAACACCCAGAGGGCUACAGCUCCAAGUUUCAGUUCUUCCCCAAGCACUCGGAGAAGUUGGAGCGGCGGAUUGCUGACAUUCACAAGACUGAGCUGAUAGGUCAGAGUCCUGAAACGUCGGAGCUCAACUUCCUCCAGAAGGCUCAGAUGCUGGAGACAUAUGGAGUAGACCCUCACCCAUGCAAGGAUGUGUCUGGCAACCCUGCUUUUUUGGCUUUUACUCCCUUUGGAUUCACUGUGCUACAAGGAAACAGGAGGGUCCAUUUCCUCAAAUGGGAGGAGGUGACCAAACUCAAAUUUGAAGCAAAGACAUUCCAUAUAUAUGCAAAUCAGAAGGAGGAUAAGAAGAUCAUACUAACAUACUUUGCACCUACACCUGAGGCCUGUAAGCAUCUUUGGAAGUGCGGAGUGGAAAAUCAGGCCUUCUACAAGUUGGAAAAGUCGAGUCAAGUUCGCACUGUGUCCAGUAGUAAUCUCUUCUUUAAGGGUAGUCGCUUUAGAUACAGUGGCAAAGUUGCAAAAGAGGUGAUGGAACAAAGUGCCAAAAUUAAGAGAGACCCCCCUGAGAUACACAGGGCUGGCAUGGUGCCAAGUAGGAGCUGUCCAUCCAUCACCCACGGCCCCCGUUUGACCAGUGUGCCCAGGACCCGACGGAGAGCUGUGCACAUCUCCAUCAUGGAGGGUCUGGAGUCCCUUCGAGACAGCGCUCACUCCACACCUGUGAGAUCCGUCUCCCAUGGCGAUUCUUUCAUGUCUUCUCGGGGCCAUCUGGUGGACGGCAGCGAGGCAAGCACCUCAGCAGUCAUCUCCGACGAGGCCUACAGCCCCUCAGACAGCGUGCUGCCUACACCCGUGGCCGAACAUGGGAUGGAGAUGCCUUUGGCUCGUCAUCUCAAUGGUGCUCCCUGCAGCAUCGAUGAGGAAAAGGAGUCUGAGGCGGGCACAUCGAAGGAAGGAGAAGAGUUUUCUUCCGGCAGGAGAGCACUGCGUAUGGUCAGGAGCAGGCCGUCACCACCAAGCGAUGUGGAGGAGCUGAACAAGUUCAUCCUGAGCGUGUUGCGUCUGUUCCUGGUCACUAUUGGACUGCUGUUCGCCCUGCUGCUGCUCCUCAUCAUGCUGACAGAGUCAGACCUGGACAUUGCCUUCCUGAGAGACAUCCGCAAGACACCUGAAUUCCAGCAGUUCCACUUUGAAUACUUCUGCCCUCUGCGGCGCUGGUUCGCCUGUAAGUUACGAUGGAUGGGAGGUUUCCUCAUCAGCAAGUGAAGCAGAGACUGAUGGACACAAAACAGGCCUCCACUGAAGGACAUGGGACACACAACAGACAGGUCGAGAGAGAAGAAUGGCAGCCCCAUUCCCAAUGUCAACUCAGCUUCUCCCAGGAAGGAGUUCCUGUCGCAAGCCACGGACUGUCCCCUGAAGAGCCUUGUUUAUUACAUUUGACCAUCACUGCGUGGAGAGGAAAUCACAUUUUACUUUGGAAAAUUCAGGUCAUUUCAAGGUAUUUUAUUUUUUAACAAUGCCACAGUAACAGGUUUAAUUUAAACACUGAAAGAGACAAAUCUGACAGACUUCACUCAUUCAACCACAGAUAAUAGUUGCCUUUAUUUUUGUAUUAAUUUAUACGUUGCAACAUUACUGUAAGACAGAGUGACCUGAAGUGUGACGGUGUGCGUCAUGUGACCUGAGAGUUUGAGUCAAGUUUGAGACAAGAUGAGAUGGGAGGCAGUCUAGCUCAUCUAAUUUUCAUAUUUCAAAGCCAGUAACAACAUUCAUGAUAGUUAAACGUUACUAUGGUCACUGCUAUGAGUUUGAAAAUUGCUGUGUUGAGUUGUACAAGUAUCUGGAUGUUAGAGGAAGUGCGAAAAUGGAAAACUGAGCAGCACUUACUGAAUGUAUAUCAGUCCUGUGUCAAAUAAUAUUUGCUGUUAUUACGCGUAGUUUUAUCAAAUUGUUAGCCAUUAUAGGAAUUUGCUAUAUGGAGUCAUUAGCAGAGAUUGGACUAAGUCAUUGUUUUGCAAGUCACAAGUAGGCUAAGUCCCAAGUCUUUCCACUCCAAGCCCCAAACCCAAUCUCAUGUCUUAGGCUUUCCUGAACAAGUCAUAAUGCACUCUUCCCCAAAUUUAAUGCCAUUUUAACAAGAGAAUACACAAAUCAUGAAUGUUUUGGGGUUUUUUUUUUUAUAUUUUUUUUUUUUUUUAAUAAGCUGUUAAGCUAAUAUUAGCUUGUUAACAAUGUUGAAAUUAGCCUCCGUAGCUAGAAGUUGUUGCUGUCAUUUUCGACACACAAGUUUUGCAUACUGCAAUUAGUUCUUUUUUUUGAACACUGCAUAGUUUUUGCACACAAACAAUCAUCUUUGGUAUAUUUUUUUUCUAUCUGGCACUCAGUAAUAUAAUGUUAGUUCUUUAUGGCUCUCAUAGGAUGCUCUGGGAUAUAUUCAGAAUAAUUGGAUCUGGAGAAUUAGGUGUCGACUUGCUGGCAAUGAGCAGUGUUUAUGUUAGCUGAUUCAGGAAAUGAAUUGAUUUGUGGCACAGCUUUUUAAAUGACAUACUUUUUAAUCUUUGGGCUUGGGGAAAGGCGUAUUAUUUAAGCAGUAUUUUCAAGUAUUUUCAAGUCAAAAGGCUCUAGUCCAAGUGAAGUCACUAGUCACUGGUGUUAAAGUCCAAGUCAAGUUGCAAGUCUUUUUUAGUUUUGUCAAGUAGACUCUAAAGACAUCAAAUUUACGACUCAAGUCUGACCCGAGUUCAAGUCAUGCGACUCGAAUCCACAUGAUACAGUGAAAGCAAUGAAUAGGAAAACAAAUUUGGCACACGUUGACAACUUACCAAGUUUUUCUGAUGGUCACGAUGUGAUAGUACAACCCAAUAUCUCAAUACUGAAUUUAAAGAAAUGCUAAGAACUGGCUGUAGUUGCUGUUUGACUCAGGAGUGAUAUUGGUGCUGCUCAGUCAAAUGGCUCGAUUGAUAAUUUUUGUAAUAAGUGUUUGUGGUCAGAUGUCCAUUAACAGUGUGCUCACGUUACCAUUUUUGUCCAGCCACUAUAAAUUAUGGAUAAAUUGUAAGGAUAUAAGUAAGUCAUGGAGGUGGUAGGUUUACUGAUUUUAUAAAAUAGCAGCCAAAUAAUUCUAAUAGCUACAAUCAACUUCUGUGUGUAAGGAACAGAUGUCACUUUGCCGUAGUUACUUUUACAGUAGUUGUAAAGGUGAUGGGACUGUGUGAGCUAGCACUGUAGUGAUAGUGAAGUGUUUGGUUAGUUCUUUGACUCCCACACUCAGUAGAAGGAGUUUAUCUUGAUGUGCAAUAUUGUUGAUAUUCAAAAAAAAACAAGAUCUUUUCCACUGAGGAAAAUCUGACCUUGUUUUACCUUUGUAAAGUGCAAAAAUUAGUGCUAUUUUCUGACAUUAUACAGUUAAGAGAGCUUAUUUUUAGUCCAUGUUGAGUGAAGGUCAUAUGAAUUUGUUUAGCCCUGCUGUGUUCAAGUUUAUGCAUUUUUCUGUAAAGGCUGAAUAUAUUUAAACCAUAUUUCCAUUUUUACAAACGGAUGUCUCGUUAACACGCAGAGAUUUCCUCACAGCAACUUUUAAUGGACCUGAAGUGUUAUUUUUUACAGUGGAUGUAUAGUUUUCAGCCCUGCUGUCAAGAAAGCCUAAGAUAAGUCAUGUUUACGUCCUACUGCAAUCUUCAUCAUCGCACCUACCAAAGAAACCUCUGUUGUCUGAUAUUUCUGUCAGUUUGCGUCAACAGAAGAAAACUCUGAUAGUCUGCUCUCCUCCUUCAGCCUUAUUACACACAGUAUGUGUUAUUUCACAGGUUAGCCUGCAAUCCAGCUUCACAGCCCAGAGCAAUCAACAACGUAACUUAAAACCAUACAGUCAGUUAGUAUUGGUCCUCACAAUGAGCCUACAAGUGGUUGAUCAGGAUACAUGUAUAUGCUGUGUGUCAGCAGGUACAUAUCAAGUAAAGUGGAUGUCUAAGUUAUAAAACAAGAGAAAUGCUUUAGGACAGCAAUUGACUGAGGGGUUAAGGCCAUGCAGGUGGAAAUAUUAUAGUCUCUCCUGAAAAAAAAAUCACAGAUUGAAAGUUAACACAAACCAGUACUUUGAGAAUCCCUAUAGUGUUAAAUUCCUGGCUUUAAGUCGUGGUUUUAUUUUUGUACAGUAUUGACAUUUUAACAUUCAGAUACUGUGAAAUAAGCAGAAGUAUUCAAACUUCUGUUUUUUCUUUUAGUUUAUUAUUGGAUGAGUUAGAAAUAUUACAGAUAUGAUUAUAUUUAAUAGAAGAAAAACACAUAUUUUGUGGUUGCUCUUCAGACUUGGUAAAUUAAUUACUAUUUGCUCUAAGACAGAGCUUGCUGGUUUUUAAUUGCAUUAGAUUUUUUACGUCCUAUGAUCAUAUAUAUAUAUAUAUAUAUAUAUAUAUACAUAUAUAUAUAUAUAUAUAUAAUUCAUGUUCACGCAGAUGAAAAACUUUACAACAUAAUUUGAGCAAUAAAUAUUGCAGAUAGUUAAUAUGAAUAAACUGCAAAAAGAUGUGUCUGCGAGACAUUCAAAAUGUCUUUUUAAUCCCCUCAGAAGGUAAAACAGCCUGCAGAUGCAUGUGUGAAGGGAGUGGUGCCCACUGUUCCUGGUUACCUACAGUGGUACAUAACGUUCUUAUAUAAAUCCUGUUUGAGUGUUGCCUAAUCCUCGACUGCUCUUCCUUUACUCAUUUUAGAAAAGCAGAAAAGAUACAAGUAUUCCUCUGAAAGUAUAUGUAAAUGAGGUGGACACCUGACAGUAAACCCGUUUUUCACUUUACUCUGAACAGGUGUUAUCAAGACAGAAGUGAAGCAGUUUGUAUUUUUAGCCAAUUUAAAAACAGCAGAAGUAGCAUAUUCAACUACUUGAAU